AUGGCCAUGGACGUGGCUGAAUACCACCUGAGCGUCAUCAAGAGCCCCCCUGGCUGGGAGGUGGGUGUCUACACUGCUGGGGCCCUGGCACUGCUGGGAAUUGCAGCUGUGAGCCUGUGGAAGCUCUGGACAUCGGGGAGCUUCCCCAGCCCCUCCCCAUUCCCAAACUACGACUACAGGUACCUUCAGCAGAAGUACGGGGAGACCUACGCAGAGGCCAAGCAGAAGAGAGUGCCUGCCUGGAAUGCCCCACGGGCCAGCACGCGGGGACCACCCAGCCGCAAAGGCAGCCUCAGCAUUGAGGACACCUUUGAGAGCAUCAGCGAGCUGGGACCACUGGAGCUGAUGGGCCGGGAGCUGGACCUGGCCCCCUACGGGACCCUCCACAAGUCGCAGUCAGCUGACUCGCUGAACUCCAUCUCCUCCGUGAGCAACACCUUCGGGCAGGACUUCACGCUGGGCCAGGUGGAGGUGAGGAUGGACUACGACACGGCCUCGCACACCCUCCACGUGGCCGUGCUGCAGGGCAAGGACCUCCUGGAGCGGGAAGAAGCCGGCUUCGAGUCCUGCUUCAUGCGCGUCAGCCUGCUGCCCGACGAGCAGAUCGUGGGCAUCUCCCGGAUCCAGAGGAAUGCCUACUCCAUCUUCUUUGAUGAGAAGUUCUCCAUCCCCCUGGACCCUGCCGCCCUGGAGGAGAAGAGCCUGCGGUUUUCUGUGUUUGGCAUCGAUGAGGACGAGCGGAAGGUCAGCACGGGCGUGGUCGAGCUGAAGCUCUCUGUCCUCGACCUCCCCCUGCAGCCCUUCAGCGGCUGGCUCUACCUCCAGGACCAGAACAAGGCUGCUGAUGCUGUGGGUGAGAUCUUGCUGUCCCUGAGCUACCUCCCAACAGCUGAGCGCCUCACGGUCGUGGUGGUAAAAGCCAAAAAUCUCAUCUGGACCAAUGACAAGACCACAGCAGACCCCUUUGUCAAGGUGUACCUGCUUCAGGAUGGGAGGAAGAUGAGCAAAAAGAAGACGGCUGUGAAGAGGGAUGACCCCAACCCGGUGUUCAACGAAGCCAUGAUCUUCUCGGUGCCAGCCAUCGUGCUCCAGGACCUGUCUCUCCGUGUGACAGUGGCUGAGAGUAGCAGCGACGGCCGAGGGGACAACGUGGGCCAUGUCAUCAUUGGGCCGUCCGCCAGCGGCAUGGGCACCACGCACUGGAACCAGAUGCUGGCCACUCUGCGCAGGCCUGUGUCCAUGUGGCACCCUGUUCGGCGAAACUAGCAGCUGGCACGACGGGCCGGGGUGGGCACUGAGCCUGGCCCAUGCUCAGCUCUAAUGCCCCUCCCUAGUCCAGCGGGAGCCAUGAAUGUUGGGGUCCCCUGCCGGAGCCCCCAUGAGCCAUCUUGGUCCUUCUGUCCAGACUGCAGUGGAGAAGCGGGCCUGGCCAGGUGUCUAGGGACCCAAGGUUUUCUCCCACAGAGGGCCUGCUGGGGCUGGGCCAUGACCCAUGGAAGGCAGCCUGGCACUGGCUCAUUGUGCUCCCACUUUGAGAUCCCCAUACAGCCUGUUCCUCGGCCUGGGGCAUUGGGGCUUGGUCUCUCAGGGCUCUCCACAUCCCACCCUGCUGGGAGACCAGUGCUAAGCGGGGUCAUGUACGGGGAAACGCGUGAGUCUCGGGGGCCAGAUGCUGUGCUAGAUACCACAGACAUGUCAUGAAGAGGACACGGCCCUUAGGAUGUCCGGAAGACAAGACUCCCCUGUCCUGGGGUUCUGCUCAGUGCUGAAUGCCACCAUGGCAGAGCUCUGGGGGCUGCGAGGACAGGAUGGGAGCCAUGCCCUGAGGGGCAGGGAAAGAACAGAGUGUGUCCCAUGCAGGCAGCCAGCCCCAGCAAGGCAGGGACAGGAACUUUCCUGUCACUAACUGUCCUCAGCCUACUGGAGUGGACACAACGACCUUUCUCUGGGCAGGAGAAGUGACCAGGAGACCAGGCUGACUCCGGAAUCACGCUCCAUGAAAUCUGCUCCCUCCAUACAUAACCCUGGCAAGGCCCAGAGAUCCUGAGAGGCCCGAGCCAGGUCCCUGCGUUUGGUCUCCACUGGAUUAGGCAUUGGCUCUAUACCUCCAGGCCAGGCCCUAUUGGGAAGAGAGAUGCCUCAGCCUGUGGGUAGCCAGUGGGUAGUGGGGCCAGAAGACACUGCAGGGGUGGGAGGAAAGGGGUGGCCUGAGCAGGGGCAGGGAGGGGAAGUCAAGGGGCAUCCAGAUUGGGGGGGGGUGAGAAGGAAGGGUUUGAAUGCCAGACUGGGAAGGAGGGG